UAAACAAGGUAGUUUUCCGUUUGCUCUCAUGUUUUUUGGUAGCACAGAUUAACCAAUAGCAACGUGCUGUGUAUGACGUUGUGAAAUAAACGUGUCGCACGCGAAUGAAAGUAAUCGCAGAGACAUUUUUUUGACAGGCUGAGGUUGUGGAUAUAGAGGAUUGAUCUUUAGAAUGAAGCCAUUAGCUGAUCUUCAAGCGCGCAGCCUGGUUUUGUUAUGCGUUCUGCAAAUGUGGACUGGAUCGACUAAUUGUUGUCUAGCUCCUGGAGGUGAUUAUAGAUUCGAGCUGGAUCUGCCAAAGAAGUUUGUGGUGCCGAAGAGGGGAGUUGCUUUGAUCCCGUGUGCAUUUAGCGCUCCAAUGAGAACGCACCCUGGCCGUCAAGUUUGGUUCAGAGGCAGUCCUGAGUUUCCCCUCAGACCACCAGAGGUGGAGAGAAAAGAUGGACUCUACAGCCCAAUGAUUUCUAUAUAUUCAGAGUGCAGCAUUAUUUUGCGUAACACGCAGGACCUUUCAGGAGAGUAUGGGUUCAUGCUUGAAUGGGGAACAAAAGAAAGACAUGUUUUUCCAGACAGAGUUAAAGUGGCUCCCUGUUUUGCAAAAGUUAGUCUCACUCCAAGCACUGGAGUUUUUGUAGCUGGAGAGAAGAAUAAUUUAACCUGCAGCCUCUCAAAAAACUGCCCGGGAAGGGAUCCAAAAGUGACUUGGAAAGAGCUUGGAAAGGGCUCCAAACAAAUAAUACCCUUAAAAUAUGCAGACAAACAGAACAAAUAUUUAGGAUACUCUGAACAGCUUCUUUACACACCUGUCCCUGAAGAUCACCAAACAAAAAUAACAUGCGAGGCUACAUAUGGAAGAAAUCUGAGUGCCAGUGAUACGGUUACUUUAACAGUUCACUCUCAACCUGAGAUACUGAACAGUUCUUCAUGCACACUAUCACAGGAUCUUCUCACCUGUGUGUGCGUGAGUCAAGGUGUACCUUUGCCUGAUAUUUACUGGUCUCUAGCACAGGACGAACAUGAUUUCAUCACAGACAAAGCAUCUGACAGUCACAUGACUGUAAUAAGCACCUUCAGAAUCCACGUUGGAAACUUCACGAUCAACAGCACCAUGUGUGUCAGCAGAAGUGCUCUUGGUCUUGCAAGCAUGACCAUCCCUGUUAAUGUCGUUGAAGGUUUCAAGAAUGAAUUAAGGUGGACAAUCAAAGGCCUGGUGUUUGCUUUAUUCACUGUACUGGCAUUCUGUCUGAUGUUUAUUUGGAUAAGAGCAGCAUCUCAAAGAGUAAGACAGGUGCCCUACAACCCACUGCAAGAGAAAGCAGACACCGUAAACUGCAUUACAACAACAUGAACAAUAUCACAUAACAUGCGUUUUAUAUUUAAUGCUUUUCAUUUCAGAACAAGAGCACUUAUUUACAUUGAUGAACUGUUUUAUUUGUUUUUAAAGUCCUUUUGUUGUAAACCAGUGGUAAUUCCCUUUCUGAUGAUAAAUUAAAGUGACACCAUGUAAUUUUUCAACCUUCAUAAUACAUUUUCAAGACCCUUGUGAUAGUACAUCGACUUUAAAUAGGUUGAAUGACAUAUCUACCAUAGCCUGACGGGGUCUGUAUCACUUUUACUCGUAUUUUAAAACUUAGGGUUUCUGGUAGUAACCAGAGCACAAAAAAAACUACAAAAUUCGACUGCUUUACGGCAUACGUCACUUCCUCCACACAAUUUGUUUUUAACGUGGAUUUUGCUGGAGGCUACUUAAGGAGUGUAGAGAGCAGUUUCUAUUAUGUGACUCUGUGGCACAGUCUUUAGUGUCACGGACCUAUGACACGGGCGACCCGGGUUCGAUUCCCCUUUAAGGCAAUUUUUUAUAUAAACUGUUGAUUCAUACAUAAAUGCGAUGUUCUUUAUAAAUUACGGCGAUUAUAUUGCAUAUAGUUCCCUGUAUUCAGAUGCUGUGUUCACGUAUUUACCUUUCUUUUACUGUGUCUAUGGUAUUUACACUACAAUCCAAGAUGCUACAGCAGUCAAACUUGCUCACAGUGUAAAACCAAACCCUACUCAUUCACCAAUCAGAUCCGAGCGUUUCUCUCUUCCUCAUUUGCUGCGUUCCGCUGUCACUCGCGUGACGUAUUACAAAGCGGCAGACCUAAACGCAUGGGUUUACUUGGAUUUGGAGCGAUUUUCACACAAAAAAGAGGAAUAACGAGCGACAUUGCGGAAAAUCCUGGUGGCGAGGGAGAGAGAGAGGAUGCAACAAUAUUUGUUUGGAAAAAGGCAAGGAAAUACGUCUGGUCGUUUCUGAAUUGGAAGGCUGCAGCCUCCGGAGGUCAAAUAUGCAGGCUGCACACGUCAUCAAACCUGGGUUAUUAAGGUAAACUGAGCAUUACAUUCGCAAGUCAUAAGCAUACUGCAACAAUUUACGAUUAACUAUGUAUAAUAGUCAACUUUGUAAUUGUUAAUAUUGUGAAAUAAGAGAGUCUUGAUGACGUAUACAGCUUAGAAAUACGACAUCCGGAGGCUGCAACCUUCAGAUUGAGAAAUGGCUUCUGCCACGACAAGUUCCUCAUCAGAAAGUUGUAACAUGACUGCGUUUCUCCCUGUUGUCUCAAAAUGCUGAUCGUUUAGCAUUUUAAAUGUUUAGUUUUAAGUUUAGUUUUAAGGUUGGCCAGUUCCUUUCAUUUGCGACAGUGCUGCGGCGCUUGUGGGCUCUAGGGGCGCUAGAAGUGAAAAAUACGUGUCUAGCACCCCCUAGUGGCCAAAAUGUUUCAUGGUGUCCCUUUAAUGUGUUUCAUAAAAGAGUUGUGUCUUAAAAACAGUUUGAGAACCAUUUAUGUAAACGUUCAAGUUUCAGACUGUUGUUGAUGGUCCACCAUUCUUAAACUGAUUGAAUACCUGAAUUAUGAGUUUUCUUGUUAUAAGAAAUGACUUGUUUAUAAAACAAAUGCCAUGUUUUAAAGCCACAGGAUUACUGUGUUGGAAAAAUACUGCAUUGACUCUGGAAAGCUGUAAUAAAUUGUAUAUUUAUUUUUUUAAACAUUAUACAA